CGCAUUUAAAUAUACCAUACACGUUCGUUAUGAGCCAUAGCAACAGUUGACGUUUCCAUAGCAACCGGCAACAACGGACAGCAGGCUUCUGCCCACCGCAGCUUCUAGAAAGAAAAGCGCUUCGUUCCUGUCGUCGUCAUGUCGUCUUUACCGUUUCUACCCGGAAAUUCAUUCGAUCUUCAUCUGGGGAGGGAGAGGUUCCACAAAUCCCAACACUUUGCCCUUGUUGAGGGUUUGCCCAAGCUGGUGGGGCUGGAGAAGCCAGGGAUUGGAGGAGAGCCUUUACCAGGCCAGAAGAUAAAAGCAGCACAUUCUGUGUAUCCCAAAGUAGAUGGCAGUCACGUCCCGUCAUGGUUGGCCUUUGACAAACAGGUUCUUUGCUUUGAGGCUUACUUUCAGGAGAAGGAGCCCUACCAGAUUAGAAAGUGUAAAGUCUACUUCUAUCCAGAGGAUGAUACCAUCAAGGUGGUGGAGCCAGUGUGCAAGAACAGCGGCAUCCCUCAAGGCACACUCAUUUAUCGCCAUCGCAUUCCCCUCCCUCCUCCAAAUGAUGACCAAUACUACAAGGUGUUCCAUUUCAACAUCAACCAGCAGGUGGUGUUCUACUCUCGGACCUUCACCCUGACCAACUGUGACACCUUCACGAGGAACUUCCUCACCAGACUUGGGGUGCAGCUGAAUGAUCCUGCUCCAGUUCCAGAUGAUCCAUACAGCAGACAGCGGCAACAGUUUGAGAAGAAUACAAACCCAAUUCCGCCUUAUGAGAAAAACAACAAGCUGAGGCAGUUCCUGGAUUAUGACCGCCAAGUGCUUCGCUUUUACUGCUUCUGGAAUGACCAAGAAAACCCUUCUGCAAAGCCACGAGAACUCAUUCUGCACUACUUCCUGUUUGAUGACACCAUUCAGAUCCAUGAGGUGACGUCCGCAAAGGCGGGAAAUAAAUCUGCUGUCAAAUUCCUGCAGCGCAGAAAACUACCCAAGAGUCUUCCUGCUCAGGUUGACCAGCUGGGAGGAGACACAGAAUCCAUAUUGCUCAACGUUUUGGGCUCAGAUGGUCUGGGGAAUCGCUUCAUGGCGGAUAGGCUCAAAACCGGAGCUGUAAAACAGGACUUUUACAAGGACUGUGACCUUCGUAUUGGUGGGGAAGUGAAUGUGUGGGGCAGAAGAGUUGUCAUCGCUGACUGUGAUGAGUUCACCAAACAACACUAUCGUUUCAAAUAUGGCAUAGAGGACUUCACUCCAGUCAAGUACAAAUUGCCCCCAACCCCCAAGCCACCAAAGACUUUACCCCCCUACAAUGGCUUUGGCUCAGAGGAAGACUCCUUGAGCUCCUGUUAUGGCAUACAGCUGCGACGCCCCAGGAAAGAUCUGCAAUCCUUUUUGGAAAAAGACAGCAGCAUUGUCCUGAAGUUCCGCGCCAAGAUGAAGACCGAUGACGGCAAUGAAAGAAAAAGGAAAUUUGUCAUCUCCUUCUACCCCUGUGAUGGUACCAUGAGUGUUUACGAACUCUCACUGAAGAGCUCAGGUAUGCCUGGGGGGAAGUUUCUGAGACGUAGUGUUGUGAAGAAGCCAGGCCAGAGCAAACCGUCUGAGCGCUACACGGCCCAGGAUCUGUAUGUCGGAGCUGAGCUCCAUAUCAGCGGGCAAACCUUCAUGCUGGUGAAUGCCGAUGAAUACACGCUGAAGUACAUGGAGCAGCAUGCAGAGGAGUUUUCCAAGGCAAACACAGGCAACAUCCUCAGCAAGCUGCGGUCCAUCCCUGAGGAUAAAAAAAGUGAAAUCAAGAAGUUUUUGACUCUCAGUGACCCAAACAACACAGGCCUAAUCUCCUAUGAGUCAUUCAGGAAUAUGCUGAUGGAUCUAGACUGUGGUCUUGUGGACCACGAGGUGCUGGUUCUGGGUAGAACUUUCUCCGAGCAGCAGCAGCCUGAGGAUGAUGUGGCCUUGAUGUUGGCCGUGGCACAGGACACACUCAGGAGAAAGCUUUACGAUGACUUCCAAAGCCUGACCCUAGCCUUUAACAAACAGGACCCACUCAAAAACGGCCGCAUUCCCAGGAAAAUGGCGUGGAACAUUUGUGAAUCUGUUCAUCUCCCUGUUUCCGAGAACCUGUUAGGAACUCUGCUCACCAAGUUUGAGGGGGCUGAUGGCAUUGACUAUCAAGCCUUCCUGGCUGGUAUUAACUGGGUUGAACACCCUGCUUCACCAGUAAAGUAUGAGGACAUCUUAAGGUUUGAAGUGAACGCAAGGGUUGGCGCCGUUGAAGCGGGAAGAAGAAAUGUCAACUACUCUGCCCUUCUUCAGGAUGUGCUCAACCUCUCCUCCAACUGCAAAGACGCAGAAUAAUUUUUUCUCUCCUUGAAUAAAAACACUAUCUAACCUGCA